GUCUGCCCCCAUCUGCAAGGUGUCAAGUCAAGUGAGCAACCCCCCGGAAUCGGAUCACAGUACCAGAACAGGACAGGCCGAGGGGACCGAUCAGGAAAUGAGACGCUGCACGGCAUGCGAGUGAGCCAACACCGCUGUGUCAGGUUUGCCCGAAUCGGGACAAGUCGACCACCAGCACGACUCCCCACCGACCGGCAAGGAAAACCGGGACUUGCAGCGCCGACUCUCCGGGCGCCACAAACUGGGUGGGCUGUGGAUGAUCUUCGCGACAUGACAGAUUGGACCCUGGACUUCAUUCUCGCUUGGCUGGCUGGCGGUUUGGGGGCCGUGAAGUCGAGGGCCGGAUUCGGCUGGCUUUGUGAUACACAAGACAACGACAGCAUGACUGCGCCGCACCGGCUUCCAUCGCCUCCGGGCCGGUCCGCACUUUUUGUUUUCUUCUUUCUGAUAUCUGGUGUGUGUGAUGAGAUAUCGCUUAACUCGUCCUCGACUCCUGCGGUCGCACAACACCACCACCCACUGGGUGGUUCCUCGUCUGCAUGGAUGUGGCAGCGUGACCAUAAUGCUGUUUUCAGCGCGUCUUGGGUAACUCAUGCGAUGCAAUCCGACUCCCACGAGAACACCCACACGGGCCGACAAGAACCGGUCAACGGGCAUGUGGCGUCCAGGCCCACGUUAGCGUCCCCCCGAAUCUUCGAGGGAGCUCACUAGGCGACUAGUUAGUUAGUUCUUAACCAUCCUUUGGACCUUCAUGCAUGGCCCUCGCUAGUAUUGGUAUUGGAUGAGCGUCGAGAAGCGAGAUAGU